AUGCAAAACGCUUCGUGGCGAUUGACGCGCGCGGCGGCGACAAAGUUGGCGCAGCGCGGGGCGCAGCGCGGCGCGUCGAUGGCGAUCACUCGCGCGGUGCCGAUCAUCGGAGGCGUCAUCGGCGGCGCCGUGGACGGCGUCGUGACGCAAAACGCGGGGAACCGCGCGAUGGCGGCGUUUUUCCCGCCGCGGCCGAAGGAUUGUUCGACGAUUGAGGAGAGCAUUCGCAAGAGUAAAGACGAGGCGGUGGCGAACGUGAAGAACGCGGCGGAAACCGCGGCGAAAACGUUAAACGGCGCGUUCGAUAAAAUAUCCGUAUCGCUGAAGACGAGUUUCGGAAAGCAAACGGACGACGCCGAGGGCGUCGCGACGCCGACGAGCGCGGGCUAUCAAAGCCGCGAACUUUUAGCCGACGACUCGUGGGAACGCUUCGAGCGCGAGCGAGAAUUGGAAAACAUGCGCGCCGUCUUAGAAGACGACGUCGCGUUCGACGACGUGCACGCAGACGUGUUUUCGACGAAGUCGUCGUCCACGACGACGACGACGACGACGACGAAAUCUUCGCUCAAAGACGCCGACGCCGUCGAACGCGCCGCCAGGGACAAGAAAAAAGCCGACGCGUGGGCCGAAUUCGACGCCCGAUGGAAAGUGUUUCACGAAGACGUCGCCGACGCGACGACGAAAGUGAUUCGUUACAAAGACAUUCCGUGGCCGCCGAGCACGUCGCGCGCGCUCGCCGGCUGUCGCGGCAAAAACGCCGCGCCGGACGCCACCAAACGCGCGUAUCGCAAACUCAUCUUGCGUUUUCACCCCGAUCGUUUCUCGAGGUUCACCCUUCACGAGAGGGACAGGGAUAAAAUCAUGGCCAAAUGCGUGGCCGUGUCCGCCGCGAUUCAGACGCAGUACGCCGAAGCGACUCGCGAGUCGCGAAUAGCCGAAUAG